AUGGCUUCUUCCCAUGUCCCCGUAUGGCUCGACUGCGAUCCUGGCCAUGAUGACGCCUUUGCAAUCCUCCUUGCAGCCUACCAUCCCAAUAUCAAGCUCCUGGGAAUAACCAGCGUCUUCGGGAAUGCCUCCAUCGAAAACACCACCCAUAACGCAGCAGCCCUCCUUACAGCGAUGGGAAAGCACAACGACAUCCCUCUGUACAUUGGAGAGCGGAAACCCCUCGAUCGGCCAGCGCUGCACGCUCCCACCGAGAUCCACGGCGCCAGCGGCCUAGAUGGUACAGACCUUCUUCCAACCCCAUUAUGCGCACCCUCCUCCGAGCCCGGUGUAGACGCCAUGGCGGCGGCUCUUAAAGCACAGCCCCCAGGGACCGCCUGGGUCGUUGCCACAGGCGCCUUGACCAACGUCGGGGCUCUGUUCAGGAAAUACCCGGACCUCGUGGCACACGUCAAGGGCUUGAGUCUUAUGGGCGGAGCAAUCGGGGCCGGGUUCUCAGAUGCACCUCUUGGGAAAUCUAACGUGCAGCAGCAGGACUGUGCCGGGAACUGGACGCGGUGGGCUGAGUUUAAUAUUCUGGUUGAUCCUGAAGCCGCGGCGGAUAUAUUCCAUAACAAGGAGAUCGCUAAGAAGACCAUCAUUGCGCCGCUGGAUCUGACGCAUCAAGUCCGAGCCACGUCGGAAGUCAAGGAUCUGUUGCUUUUUGAUAAAGGUGGUGCAAAUGGUCAGGCUGGGAUGUCGACAUUGAGGAGGAUGCUCGUUGAGUUGCUCUAUUUCUUCUCGAAAACUUAUGCGGAUGUCUUUGGCAUUACCGACGGCCCGCCGCUGCAUGAUCCUAUAGCUGUGGCUGCUGUCCUGGCUGAUAUUCCGGGGGGUAUUCCGUUCUUCCAGUGGGAUGCUACGAGGAGCCAGGGUCCACAACAUCGCGAGCGAUUUGAAGUCACUGUCAUCACACAUGGUCGCUUUGAGGAAGCUGAGCAGAAACAGACGGGAAGGACCAUUGCCAAAAAGUGUCCCAUUGGCGAAGAGGGCGUGACGAUUCCAAGAGGGUUGGAUGUGCCUAAGUUCUGGACUGCAAUCGAGGACUGUCUUGAAAGAGCCGAUGAAGCGAACAAAGCCUUCGAGAGCCGAGAGCGAGCAAGAUUCUGA